AUGGCGGCCACAAUUCCUCUGCAGGUGCCUCCAGGCAUGGAGAACUUUGCGAUUGGUAUCAUUGGCAUGGGAGCCAUGGGGAAGAUGUACGCUCAGAGGCUCAGCGAUGCCGGUUGGAAAAUCAACGGCUGCGACCGGGAGGAAAACUACGAGAGCUUAAAGGAGGAGUUUGCUAGUAGAAGCAAUGUUGAAAUCUUCCGCAAUGGCCAUUUCGUGUCUCGAUCCAGCGACUGGAUCAUGUACAGCGUAGAGGCUGCCAAUAUUGACAAGAUUGUGUCCGUGUACGGCCCUUCCACCAAGAUGGGCGCCAUUGUUGGAGGGCAGACUUCGUGCAAGAAGCCCGAGAUCGACGCUCUCGAAAAGCAUCUUCCGGCGGAUGUUGACAUUGUUUCUUGUCACUCGCUCCAUGGCCCCGGGACUGACACUCGUGACCAACCCUUGGUUCUGAUCAAGCACCGUGCCUCGGAAGAGUCGUUCAAAAAAGUUGAGGCUGUCCUGAGAUGUCUCCAAAGCCGGCAUGUCUACCUGACAGCCCAGGAGCAUGACCAUAUCACGGCUGACACGCAGGCCGUGACGCACGCAGCCUUUCUCUCCAUGGGCAAGGCCUGGAACAGCAUGAAGGAGUACCCGUGGGAGACGGCCCGCUACAUUGGCGGCAUUGAGAAUGUCAAGAUCAACAUUAUGCUGCGCAUCUACAGCCAAAAGUGGCACGUGUACGCCGGCCUGGCCAUUCUGAACCCCGAAGCCCGCAAGCAGAUUGAGCAGUACGCCAAGAGCACGACGGAGCUGUUCAAGCUCAUGCUCGAGGGCAAAGGGGACGAGCUGCGGGCGCGCGUCUACGCGGCCAAGGAGCGCGUGUUUGGCGGCGGCGCGGGCCGCCAGUACAAGUCCGACGACGAGCCCCUCCUCGACGACGAGACGCUGGACCAGUUCAGCCUGGGCAAGAAGCCCGAGCUGCUGCUGCCCAAUAACCACCUGUCCCUCCUGGCCAUGGUGGACUGCUGGUCGGCGCUGGGCAUCGUGCCCUACGACCACAUGAUUUGCUCGACGCCCAUCUUCCGCAUGUGGCUGGGCGUGACCGAGUCUCUCUUCCGCAACCAGGAGCGCCUCGACGAGGCUAUCCGCGUCGCCGUCGAGGACAUGUCGUUUCGCAGCGACGACCUCGAGUUCACCUUUGCCGCUCGCGGUUGGGCCGAGUGCGUCUCGCUCGGUCACUUUGAGACGUGGAAGGAGAGGUUCGUCGCCACGCAGCGCUUCUUUGAGCCCCGGUUCGCGGGUGCCAUUGAAGUUGGCAACGAGAUGCUCAGAGUUCUCGCAAAGCGACGUAGGGGAAGCCGUUAG